AUGUCUGAUCCUUCCCAGGUUGCUGACGCGAAGCCCACCGCAGAUGACUCGACGGCGACGGCGAUUCUUCGUCAGAAGAAGUCUCCUAACCGCCUGAUGGUUGAUGAGAGCCCUUCGGAUGACAACAGUGUCGCUGUCCUCCACCCCAACACCAUGGAGACCCUCGGGCUGUUCCGUGGCGACACCAUCAUUGUGCGCGGCAAGCGUAGAAAGGACACUGUCCUCAUCUGUCUGAGCCAGGAUGACAUUGAGGAGGGCAAAAUCUGCAUGAACAAGGUGGCCCGCCAGAACUGUGCUGCGAAGCUCGGCGACCUGGUUCACGUUGCUCCGGCCAACGACAUCAAGUACGGCAAGCGGUACGUAUGGCUCGACCUGGGCGCAACUGACGUGACCAGUAUUCAUGUCCUUCCGUUCUCUGACUCUGUCGAGGGUUUGUCUGGCAACCUCUUCGACGUCUACCUGAAGCCUUACUUCCUCGAGGCGUACCGUCCCGUCCGCAAGGGCGAUAUCUUCCAGGUUCGCGGUGGCAUGCGCACCGUUGAUUUCAAGGUCAUCGAAGUGGACCCUUCGCCGUACUGCAUCGUCGCCUCCGAUACCGUUAUCCACACCGAGGGCGACGCUCUCGACCGUGAGGCUGAAGAGGCUGACCUCAAUGCUGUCGGUUAUGAUGAUCUCGGUGGCUGCAGGAAGCAGCUCGCGCAGAUCCGUGAGCUUGUGGAGCUUCCUCUUCGUCAUCCCCAGCUUUUCAAAGCCAUCGGUAUCAAGCCUCCCCGUGGUAUCCUCAUGUUCGGCCCCCCCGGUACUGGAAAGACCUUGAUGGCUCGCGCCGUCGCCAAUGAGACGGGCGCUUUCUUCUUCCUGAUCAAUGGUCCCGAGAUCAUGUCCAAGAUGGCAGGAGAGUCGGAGUCAAACCUCCGUAAGGCCUUCGAAGAGGCCGAGAAGAACAGCCCCUCUAUCAUUUUCAUCGACGAAAUUGACUCCAUCGCUCCCAAGCGUGACAAGACCAACGGCGAGGUCGAGCGCCGUGUUGUGUCUCAGCUCCUCACCCUCAUGGAUGGGCUGAAGGCGCGUUCGAACGUCGUUGUCAUGGCUGCGACCAACCGUCCCAACUCGAUCGAUCCCGCCCUUCGCCGUUUUGGUCGUUUCGACCGCGAAGUCGACAUCGGUAUCCCCGACCCUACUGGCCGCCUUGAGAUUCUGCGCAUUCACACCAAGAACAUGAAGCUCUCGGAUGACGUUGACCUCGAGCAGAUCGCCGCCGACACGCACGGCUAUGUCGGCGCCGAUAUGGCCUCGCUCUGCUCGGAGGCUGCUAUGCAGCAGAUCCGCGAGAAGAUGGAUCUCAUCGAUCUCGACGAGGACACCAUUGAUGCUGAAGUUCUCGACUCUCUUGGCGUCACCAUGGAGAACUUCCGCUAUGCCCUCGGUGUGAACAACCCGUCUGCACUUCGUGAGACCGUGGUGGAGAUCCCUACCACGACCUGGAACGACAUUGGUGGCCUGGAGAAGGUUAAGCGCGAGCUGCAGGAGACCGUUUCCUACCCCGUCGAGCACCCAGAGAAAUUCCUCAAGUAUGGCCUGUCUCCGUCGAAGGGUGUUCUUUUCUACGGCCCCCCCGGAACCGGUAAGACUAUGCUCGCCAAGGCCAUUGCGAACGAAUGCCAGGCCAACUUCAUCUCCAUCAAGGGUCCCGAGCUGCUCACCAUGUGGUUCGGUGAGUCGGAGGCCAACGUUCGUGAUGUUUUCGACAAGGCUCGCGCCGCCGCUCCCUGCGUCAUGUUCUUCGACGAGCUCGACUCCAUCGCCAAAUCGCGCGGUGGCUCUGGCGGCGAUGCCGGUGGUGCCAGUGACCGUGUCCUCAACCAGAUCCUCACGGAGAUGGACGGAAUGAACGCGAAGAAGAAUGUUUUCAUCAUCGGAGCCACCAACAGGCCUGAUCAGAUCGACCCCGCUCUUCUUCGUCCCGGGCGCCUCGACCAGCUUAUUUACAUCCCUUUGCCCGACGAGGCGUCGCGGUUGUCUAUCCUGGAGGCUACGCUCCGCAAGUCGCCCGUCGCACCUGGCGUGGACCUCGGCUUCCUUGCAAAGAGCACCGCUGGCUUCUCCGGUGCCGACCUCACUGAGAUUUGCCAGCGUGCCGCCAAGCUGGCCAUCCGUGAGAGCAUCGAGUCUGACGUCCGCAAGGAUCGUGAGCGCAGGGAGAAGGCUGAGGCUGCUGGUGGUGAGGGUGAAGUCGACAUCAUGGACGAGGAGAACGACGAGGACGAGGUCCCUGCCAUCACAGUUGAGCACUUUGAGGAGGCGAUGAAAUUCGCCCGUCGCUCAGUUUCUGACGCCGACAUUCGCCGGUACGAGAUGUUCAGCACGUCGCUUCAGCAGUCUCGCGGCUUCGGCAACAACUUCAAGGGUGGUGCUGCCUUCCAGAAUGAGGCGGACGAUGACGAGUAA